AUGUGUUCUCUCUCUCUCAGUCCCCCCUACGCUCUGUGUCACAGCCUCGGCACAGAAAGACACAGGCGGCAGCGAAUCAAAGAACCCGGGAGGAGACCAGAACAGACGCAAAACGGACAGGCUGAAGUAGAGACGGGACAUCCAGCACAGCCAGCGCUCGCAGCACCAGGCCUUCUCCUCCUCCGUCCACCUCCUCCCAUCAUCCCAUCCACUCUCAUUGUCCACACACUCCAGCAGAGAGGCAGCGGGCGGGACUUAGUGUGUGUGUGCGUUCAUGAGCACUCGAGGGAGAUAACCGCGAGGUGGCUGGGUAGAGGGAUAAGCAGCAGCAGCACCUGGCUCUGGAGGAGAGAGGGAGGAACGAUUGGAGAUGUGAAAGGAGAUUCUGGAGUGAAGUUUGCGGGAUCUACCUCGGAGCCAGAGCAGACGCCAUGA